AUGCCAUCACUGUUUUAUGAGCGUCUACAAAAACAUUUAUCACCUACUAAUUCUAUCAAUGAUAAUAAACGAAAAUAUUCUGAUAUCAAUCCGGACAUUUGUAAUGAACCAGAUUCACCUUGGUAUACAAUACAUAACACAAUAAAAAAACGACCACGUUUAACAACUUCUUCAAUAUCUUCAUCAACAUCCAAUCGUAAAUCUUCUCGAGUAUUAAAUCAAACUACACCAAUGUCUGAUUCGGAUAGUGAUCUUAUUGUACCAUCAAAACGUGUAGUAAGAAAAAAGAAACCUAAUACGAUAGUUUCAUCAGAUUCGGAUGAUACGAUUAUCAUCGAUGAUGAUGAUGAUGAUGGUGAUGAAAGUCCACCAAAACCUAUUAAAAAGAAAGUUAAACAUCGACCUGAAAUAACUGAUGAUAAAUUAGAUAUUGAAACAAAAAAAGCUUUACGAGAACAAGCUGAACGUGAUAAACGUAUUAAAUUACAACAAGAACGUGAAGAAUUAGCAAGUUUAGAACGUAUACGAAAACAAAAAGAAUAUAAUGGAGAAAUAAUAUGUGCACAUGAACAAAAACAAGUACCAGUUGCAUUUGAAUUAGUUCUUGAAACAGAUUUAAAUACAAAUAAUAUUAUUAUUGAAGUUGAUCUAACGCUUGUUCAAUAUAUGAAAAAACAUCAAAUCGAAGGUGUUCGAUUUCUUUGGAAUCAAGUUUUUGAAUCAACAACACGUAUUAAAGCUAGUAUUAAUAAGGAAACACAUGAAGAUCGAGGAGGUUCAGGAGCUAUUUUAGCUCAUUGUAUGGGUUUAGGUAAAACAUUUACUACAAUCACAUUAAUUCAUACAUUAUUUCGUUAUCAAAAAUUAACUCAUAUUCGUCGUGUAUUAAUUCUUUGUCCAUUAAAUACGGCUAACAAUUGGAGAAAUGAAUUUCGACAAUGGAUAGGUCAUCUUGAACCACAUAUCAAUGUAUAUUUAUUUAAUGCUGAAGAUAUAGCAAAAAAAGAUCGUAUUCAAUUUUUACGUCGUUGGUAUGAAGAUGGUGGUAUUUUAAUAAUGGGUUAUGAAAUGUAUCGUUUAUUAAAUUAUGCAUCAGAUGCAACUGUUAAAAAGCCACGUAAAAUUACUAAGAAAAAACCAAAAUCAACUGAAGAUGGUGGUGAAGAUUUAUCAAGUAGUGAUGACGAUAAAUGGUUGAAGAAAAAAACAACUAAAUCAAAAGCUGAUUUAGCUAGUAUUGAAAAAUAUCGAAAAUAUCUUCGUUCACCAGGUCCAGAUUUAAUUGUUUGUGAUGAAGGUCAUAUGAUUAAAAAUCCUAAAAGUGCUGUUACACGUAUGGUCAAUGAAGUACGUACAUUACGUCGAAUAGUAUUAACUGGUACACCCAUGCAGAAUAAUUUGAAAGAAUAUUAUGCUAUGAUUAAUUUUUGUAAACCAAAUUAUCUUGGUAGUGAACAUGAAUUUUCUCGAAAUUUUCGAAUACCAAUUGAAGCUGGUCAGCAUAAAGAUAGUUCAGCAGGUGAUGUUGCCUAUAUGCGACGUCGAGCAUAUGCACUCAAUCAACGUUUAAUAAAUGUACUUCAUCGACGUGAUUUUGAUGUAUUACGUUCAUUUUUACCACCAAAAUUUGAAUAUGCUGUCAAAAUUAAAUGUACACCAUUACAACAAGAACUCUAUCGAACAUAUUUAUUAAUUCAAAAUAUUGAUCCAGGAGCUCGAUUAAAUAUGGCUAAAUUGCUUGGUGAUUAUCAAUAUUUAAUGAAAAUCUGGACACAUCCAUGGCUUCUUAGACCACAUUUUAUUGAUGGCUAUUAUAAAUAUUUAAAAGGUCAAGAUCAAGUAGAAACUGAUCAAUUCUUUCAAGAUGAUCCUGAUGAGAUGAUUGACGAUAACGAAGUCGGAUUAAAAACUCAAAAACGAACUAAACAAGUGUCUAAAAUUAAACCCAUACAAUCAGUUACUACUGCUACUCCUCAAACGAAAAUUAGCAAAUAUUUUCCAAAUGCUGAUGAUGAUGAUGAGGAGGAGGAUAAUUCAGCAAGUACUGAUAAAUUGGCGGUAGUAAUGAAAGCAAUGAAAAAAGAAUGGUGGUAUGAUAUGUUUGAUGUUGAACAAUCACAAUUUGAUAUUGAACUAUCAGGUAAAUUUGAAUUAUUUCGAGCAAUAUUAACUGAAUGUGAAUCAAUUGGUGAUAAAUUAUUGGUUUUUACUCGCAGUCUUCUUGCACUUGAUUAUAUUGAACAAUGGCUUGAACGUUGGAGUUCUAGAGCAUCUUCACCUAAAUGGGCUAAAGGCAAAGAUUAUUUUCGUAUGGAUGGAAAAGUUCCAAUUAAACAACGUGCAGCUGAUAUCAAAUCAUUUAAUGAACCUGAAAAUACUCGUGCUCGUUUAUUUCUUAUAUCAACAAUGGCGGGUGGAAUUGGUAUCAAUCUUCAUUCAGCUAAUCGUGUUAUUAUUUUUGAUGUUAGUUGGAAUCCAGCACAUGAUCUUCAAGCUAUGUUUCGUUCAUAUCGACUUGGACAAAAGAAACCUGUAUAUAUUUAUCGUAUUAUUGGUAAAGCUACAAUGGAGGAAAAGAUUUAUAAACGUCAAAUCAUUAAACAAGCUAUGUCACAACGUGUAGUUGAUGCUAAACAACUUGAUCGACAUUUUACUAAUGACGAACUUGCACAACUUUAUCGAUUUGAUACAGAUUUUGAUAAUGAUCCAUUAGAUAAAUAUGAUGCUGAUAGAGUUAAAGAUAAAGUUUUAAGAAAAUUAAUGGAUGAAUAUGCUGAAUUAAUUGUAUCAUAUCGUGAACAUGAUUCACUUUUAAUUCAUCGUGAUGAAGAAAAUUUAACCGAAGAAGAACGAAAACAAGCACAACAUGAAGAUGAACUUGCUAAAACAAAAAUCUAUGGACGUAAUAAAGAAGCAGCAAUACCUUUAACUGAUGAUUCUAUCAUUCGAAUUAUACCAGGACAAGUUAUGGAUCUUUUACGACAAACUACAAUAGGACCUAAAUCUUAA